AUGAUAGACACCCCGUUGUUGAAUUGUCUGGCGGCGUCAAAGGCAAAGCAUCUUCGUCUGUUUGGGCAAAUUGACUCUGAUUCCGUGGCUCUUUCGACAAAGUCCUGGCCGCUCGAGACCCUUGACAUCAACAUUGAGUGGGAAUGGGGCGUCUUUGUGGAGCGCGAGUCACUCGAAUCCUCUUCACUCUGGAGGAGUCUUAUACAAGCAUGCUCCUCUACUUUGAGGCGCCUGAACAUCGACCACUCGCGAUACUCCGAACCAAAGCCCGAAUCGAACAAAGACAAACCGGUACAGUUUACCGCCGAGUUUCCUCGUCUCAAGACUCUGCAGACUGUUUUUGAAACGGCACAUUGUCCAACAUCUUUGCGCAGCGUCCUGCAAAGCAAACAGCUUUCUACCAUUUUGAUACCCAUGUGCUAUUCAACCUCAAUGGAGUGCUUGAACGAAAUGGGCCAUAACGAGGCUCUUCAGACACUUGUCUUGACGGGGUAUUCUUUGCCUCCCAAGGUGCCUCUCCGAGUGUUCCAGGACAACCCUCAGGUAACAGCCGUUGGCGUUCAAUACGGCGCUCCACCGGCUCUUCUAGAGCCCUUGAUAUCUGCUCUUCGAGAAUUAUCCAAUCUCAAAGUCCUCUCGUUGCAAUGGGACGGGACUAUGAUUCCAGAGACUUCCCUCAUCGCCCUGUCCUCUAUUGCGGCCCUGGAACAGCUGCACAUUACGUCUGGUAACCAAGGCGGCUGGGAACACGAUUGGUUUGUCGACUACAACCGCAUCCGGAGCAAACUGUCUCCUCUGCGCAGACCCAAGAAACUCGCCCUAACCAGGGAUACCUACCGGAUCGACAACGGUCAAGUGCCGGAAGGGUAUUACUCCUUCCGCUCCAACAGCACAUGA